UCAAAAGGAAAGCGUCUUCUAUAACUGUUGUUUCUCUUUCACCGUGUUCAUAAUCUGGUUAGGGUUUGGUUUUGUGCGAUAUUUCUACGGAUUAGUGAAAAUGAGUUCUACCGGGCGACCGACAAAGGGAGGAAGAGGAAAGCCUAAGGCGUCGAAGUCUGUGUCGCGAUCGCAGAAGGCUGGCUUGCAGUUUCCAGUCGGGAGGAUCGCUAGGUUUCUCAAGGCCGGAAAGUAUGCCGAGCGUGUCGGUGCUGGAGCUCCCGUCUAUCUUUCUGCAGUCCUUGAAUACCUUGCUGCUGAGGUAUUGGAGCUUGCUGGCAAUGCAGCAAGGGAUAACAAAAAGAAUCGUAUUGUGCCAAGGCACAUUCAACUUGCUGUGAGGAAUGAUGAGGAACUGAGCAAGCUUCUGGGCUCUGUUACUAUUGCCAAUGGUGGUGUGUUGCCUAACAUUCACCAGACUCUCCUUCCUAAGAAGAUGGGCAAGGACAAAGGCGAUAUUGGAUCUGCUUCUCAAGAGUUUUAGGACUUUUCCUCAAGUCUCCUGUUGUUUUGUUUAGGGAUUCUACAUGUUGUAAAAUAUUCAAUUUUGGCUUUCUACUGGGUCGACUGGUAUCUUUUGAGUAAAGCAGCUUUGGAAUCAAUCUACACAAGCUUUGCGAUGAGUUUAUC